CGCAGUCGCGCCGGGGCUGAGCGCCGAGCCGGGCGGCGGCGGGGCGGCGGCGGCUCUCGGCGGCUCCGCGGCGCCCGGGCCGCGGCCACCAUGCUGGGCCUGGACGCGUGCGAGCUGGGGUCGCAGCUGCUGGAGCUGCUCCGGCUGGCGCUGUGCGCCCGAGUCCUCCUGACCGACAAGGAGGGGGGGCAGCUGCCACCAGACGAGGCGCUCGACGAGGCCGUGCCGGAGUACCGGGCCCCGGGGAGGAAGAGCCUCCUGGAGAUCCAGCAGCUGGACCCAGAUGACCAGAGCCUGGCCAAGUACAAGCAGGCGCUGCUGGGGCCCCUGCCUCCCGUGGCGGACCCAAGCCUGCCCAACGUGCAGGUGACCAGGCUGACACUGAUGUCCGAGCAGGCUCCAGGGCCCAUCACUAUGGACCUCACAGGGGAGCUGGCUGCGCUGAAAAACCAGGUGUUCAUCCUGAAGGAGGGUGUGGAUUACAGAGUGAAGAUCACCUUCAAGGUCAAUAAGGAGAUCGUCAGUGGCCUGAGAUGUCUGCAUCACACCUACCGCCAGGGCCUGCGUGUGGACAAGGCCGUGUACAUGGUGGGCAGUUACGGCCCGAGCGCCCAGGAGUAUGAGUUCGUAACUCCGGUGGAGGAGGCGCCGCGGGGCGCGCUGGUGCGGGGUGCCUACGUGGUCACAUCCUUCUUCACCGAUGACGACAGGACGGACCACCUGUCCUGGCAGUGGGGCCUCCAAAUCUGCCGAGACUGGGAGAGCUGAGCACCACCCCUGCCUGGGGCUGUCUUCCCACUCGGGGUCCUUGUCUCCCCCGCCUGUCUGUCACUGCACAGGGACCCCCAUGCACUCCCCCACCCCCUCUGUCAGUGACCAGACCCUCCAUGCCCUCUGCCCUGUCCUGGGACCCCUCCUCCCUGGGCCUGGCACUGUGCCCUGAACAGCCCUAUUAAACGUGGCCCUGU